AACAGCGGGCCGAGUCGCAUUGCGAGAAACGGGAGAACCUCCGCCGGAGUCGCAUACUUCUUUUUUGUCCGUUCUCAGUCUUCACUUUUUUAGAGCAAGCGGCCAGUUAAGAGCAUACGGAAGAAGAGUGAAAAGUGAAGAGUGAGCGAUCGCCAAUUCGAAUUUGGGUCGGCUUCCGCGGUCGCCACUUCCGAUAUCGAUGUUUUGUUUUGGUCCGAACUUUUUCGAAUAAAUUCACCCUCGCCUCCAAGGAACAUUUGUUGUUAUUUGUAUUUUUUUCGGUAUAGGAAAAGAAAUAAUCCGUUUUCAGUUCGACUUUGAACGGGGAAGUGAAGAAAAAGACCGGGCGUCGGUUAUUUUUUCUCUGAUUUUCUCUAGACAAAAAUGCCAGUGUAAAUCGUCCAAAAAAUCACGAUGUCAAACUACCAAUCAGGCAACAUGGGAGGGGAUAUUUGGGUCCAACUCUUUUCCUGCUGUAUCAAUCAACCAGCUCACCAAAGAAAAAGACAACAGAGGCGGGGAAGAAUCGACAGAUCUAUGAUCGGUGAACCGACCAACUUCCGGCACACCGGACACAUUGGCUCUGAGGAUGUUGACCUCGGAAACACUCAGUUACAUGCAAUACAAAACCAGAUGCAGUCCAAAGGAGGAUAUGAGACUUCCGUAUCUGCCGUAAAAGUUUAUUAGCUGAAGGUGGUUGUUUAAAGGAAGAAUGUUUGUCCAUAUUUAUUUAAAUAAGGUAAAAUAUCUCUAAAUGCAAUACUUGGUAGUUAAUGGAUUUAUUAAAAUCAGUAUUUAAAUUUUAGUGGAUUAAUGAUUGGGAGCGUUUCCAAGUUUUUUUAAAUAUAUAAAAAAUAAUUGAAAUCUCAUUUUUUUUCUUAGUCUGUAAAUUUUAUUUUAUUUAUUUUAUGUUAUUAACUUAUAAAAAAAAUGUUCUAUUUCAUGUAUUUGUAAUUAAUUUUAUUGUGAUACUUUAUUGUAUAAAGCCCUGGGAUAGAAUUAAUUGAUUCAUUUCAUUGAUUUGUUUAAUUUUAUCUCUUUUUUUUCUGUUUUAUUAUUUAAAGUAACAUUUAAAAACUCAAAACGAUCUUAAUACAUUUUAGUACUUGUGAUUUAAAUUUUAGCUCAAGUGUAUAUUAUUCAAAAUUUAAUCUUAUUGCCAAAAAUUACAAAUUUUCAAUUUAGCAAGUCAAUUAUCAUAAAAACUGUUCCAUUAACCCCGUCCGCAAAGGAAUUAUAGUAAAAACAAAAGACUAAACUUAAACAAAUAAAUAAUAAGUGUGAUAUUGACUGUAUUUUUUACAUUGUUAAGUUCAAGACGAAUUAUACUUUGUAUCUUUUAGUACAAUUCGCAUAGCCACUAUUAAAUAGAUUGUGAUAUGCGAGAAAGUAGUUGAAAUUUAUGAAACAAUAUCAUAUCAUAGUUUGGACUAUCUAUUUCUAAUAUAAUAUUUUACUAAACAAUUUUAUACAAGGUGUUCUGACUGGAUUUUUGUAUUGUGAACGUCUAGGAAUAAUAAAUGUACUUAUAAAUUUUCAUGGAGAAAAGAAAAGUAUUACAAUUUUGUAAUUAAGUUUUUUAAUACAAUUUUGAAUAUAAUUCAUAUGUGAAUGAUGCUA